AUGUCUUCAUCCUAUCCCAUCGUCGACAUUCACACGCACAUGUAUCCGCCGUCCUACAUCCGACUGCUUUCCUCCCGCAGCACCGUGCCUUACAUCCACCAACCCUCCGAAGACCCCAAUGCCGACCCAAGGCUGAUCAUCCUUGCGUCCGACGACGACCCUGCACGGCCCAAGUCCGCUCGCGGCCGGCCUGUCGACGGCACAUACAGUUCCUUCGACCAGAAACGUCAGUUCAUGCAGGCUCACGGCAUCACCUGCAGCGUCAUCAGCCUGGCCAACCCGUGGCUUGACUUCUUGGACCCAGAGUCGGCCCUUCCCACUGCCCAGGAGAUCAACGACGACCUCGACAAAGCCUGUGCCGAGAACAACGCUCAGCCGUCAGGCUUGAAACUCUAUGCCUUUGGCUGCCUGCCUCUGUCAGCGCCCUCGCAGGACAUUGUCCAGGAGAUCCACCGCCUCAAGACGCUGGCCAAUGUCAAAGGCGUCAUCAUGGGAACUACCGGCCUGGGCCAAGGUCUGGAUGACCCGGCCCUUGACGAGAUCUUCGCUGCGUUGGCUGCAACAAAUACUCUCGUCUUCCUCCAUCCGCACUACGGGCUUCCUGACUCUGCCUUUGGCGGGCAGGAGACCAUUGCAAAGUCAGGCCAUGUACUACCUCUCGCUUUGGGGUUCCCUCUCGAAACCACCAUCGCCGUGUCGAGAAUGUAUCUGGCCGGCGUCUUUGACAGACACCCUCAGCUCCAGUUUCUCCUCGCUCAUUCAGGCGGAACUCUGCCUUUUCUGGCCGGGCGAAUAGAAUCGUGUGUGGCCCACGAGCGGGAGUUCAUCGCCAACGGGGGUCACAGGCAAGGUCCGAAACGGUCAAUCUGGGAGGUCCUACACUCGAAUCUCUAUCUCGACGCUGUCAUCUACGGCCAACCUGGGCUAAAAGCCGCGAUCGAGGCGGCCGGAAGUGUAGAUCGGGUCAUGUUCGGCACAGAUCACCCUUUCUUCCCCCCGCUAGGGGAUGACAAGAAUAGCAAGUGGCUGAGCGUGGAAAGUAACAUAAGCGCGAUUGAUGGCUGCUUUCCCCAGAACGAAGAGGCGCAGCGAAAGAUCUUGGGCGGAAAUGCGGUGAGGGUCCUUGGCCUGGACCUGUGA